AUGGACAAGAUCAAGGACCUCGCUGGUAAGCUCGGCAACAAGAGCAACAAUGACACCGCCGGCAGCAGCAGCGGAGGGAACAACAACGAGGAUUAUCUUGACAAAGCGCUUGAUUCCGCCGAACGCAAAUUUGGCGGCGGCAAGGUCGACCCGGCCAAGAUGCGCGACACAAACGAGAAAAUCACCGACGGGGCGCGCACGCAGUUUGAGAGUAUGACGGGCAAGAAGGUGCCGGAGAAAUUCUCCAACUAG